AUGAUGUGUAAAAUGAAGAAUAUAUGUUUAUUUAAUGUUGAAAUAUUUGUAUUUCUAUUCUUUAUGUCACCAUGGAAUUACACAAAAAAUGAUAAUAUUCAAAGUUUGUGGUAUAAAUUCCAAGAACCAUAUAAUAAUAUAUUAAAUGUUAGAUAUUGUAGAUUGUUAGAAGAACAUGCAGAAUAUUUUGGUGAGGUGAAAUCGAAUGUAAUCGUUUUAGUUAGUCAAAAUUAUCUUGAUAAUAUGAUAAAUGAAGAAGAUGAUGAAAUGUAUGAUGAUAUGGAAGAUGAAUAUUAUGAUGUAAAUGAUGAAAUUUUAUUAGAUGAUGAAAGAACGAAAACAUUUAAUGUAGAAGAUGAAGAAGUAUUAAAUGAAGAAUUUUCAGAUGCUUUAGAUGAUAAUAAUUUUUAUAUAAAUAAUUAUGUGAAGGAAGAUGUAGUUGUAGAUGAUAUAAAUAAAAAUGCUGGAGCUGUGGAAAAAGAGAAUUUAAAUGAUAAAUGGUUAAAUUUGAUGAAAGAAAAAUUAAAGGAUAUAAAUUAUUAUAAAGAAAAAUAUGAAAAUAAAAGACAUAAUUAUAAUGAUAGUGUUAAAAAGUUAGAAGAAAAAUAUCAUUUAACAUUUCUAUGGGUCUUGGGUUACAUAUUUUAUUUUAUUCCAUCCCUUGCUAAAUUAUUUCCUAUAUUAUAUCAUUUUUGUAUAUAUAAAUUUAGUCAAAUGAUGUCAAAUCCAUGA